AUUGUUUUAUCUAUUUAGCUCUUAAAAAAAUUCUGAAAUUCGUCCAAAAUGCCCACCCGGCUUCCCCUCCUCCCCUUCCUCCUUUUCCACCUCAUUUCUCCAUCCUUUACCCUUCCUCCGGCGCCGCCCAUCCAUUGCAACUCAACAGCAGGCCGCUGCACAAUCUCCAAUGCCUUUGGGCCGUGGAACGAUCGCCAUCCCUGUCUCGUCCCCUCCGUCGUUUACCCUUCCACAGAAGAAGAACUACUCGCCACUGUGGCCUCCGCCCGCCGCCUCAACCUCAAGGUCAAGGUCGUUAGUGGCUUCUCCCACACAAUUCCUAAACUCGUCUGCCCGCCGCCCACAGGCUCUCUGCUCAUCAGCACCGCUAGGUACAACUCAGGCGUGGCAAUCGAUCCGGCACGGCGCACGGUGACAGUCGAUGCUGGCACGGGGUUGCGGGAUAUCGUCGACGCGGUGGAGGAGGCGGGAUUUAGCCUUCUGGCGGCGCCGUACUGGGAGGGAGUCAGUAUUGCGGGUCUGAUUAGCACGGGAUCGCAUGGGAGCUCGUGGUGGGGGAAGGGCGGGGCGGUUCAUGAGCAUGUCGUGGCGAUGCGCUUAGUCGUGCCGGCAGAGGCGGAUGAGGGGUUCGCCAAGGUGGUGGAGAUUGAUGGGAGUACGCCGGAGCUCCUUAAUGCAGCUAGGGUGUCCAUUGGGCUCCUCGGAGUGAUUUCUAAGGUCACUCUCUCGCUAGAGCCUAAAUUUAAGAGAAGCAUAACAUAUGACUACUUAACGGAUGAGAAGCUUCUGGAUGAGUUUGAAGAGAUGACGAAGCAGCAUGAGUUCUUUGACAUCGACUGGUAUCCUUCGCAGGGGCUGGCCGUAUACAGACUCGACGACAGAGCUCCCUGGAACUCCUCCGGCGACGGCGUCAAUGACUUCAUUGGUUUUCAGGCAAACCCCUCCCUCACGUCCAUGGCUGUGAGGGCUACAGAGAAAGCUCUCGAGGAAUCAAAGAGCGUGAAGGGCAAAUGCGCCAUGGCCGCCACCGUGCUUGCCGCUAAGAAACUAGCCGCCAUCGGUCUAAAGAACAACAACUUCAUCUUUACCGGCUAUCCCGUCAUCGGUAGCCAGAGCAAAAUGCAAACUUCCGGCUCCUGCCUCCAUUCCUCAUCAUCAAACCCACUGGCCAUGUGCUCAUGGGAUCCCAGAAUCAAGGGCCUUUUUUUCUACGAAACAACCGCCAUUUUUCCCGCAUCAAACUUCAGAAACUUCGUCCUCGAUGUCAAAAAACUGAGAGACCUCAACCCACAAAACUUCUGCGGCGUUGAUAUCUACAAUGGCUUCCUGAUCAGAUUCAUCAAAGCUUCAUCUGCGUAUCUUGGCCAGGCUGAGGACUCUGUUGUCGUCGAUUUCAACUAUUACAGAGCAGACGAAGCUUUGACUCCAAGGCUGAACCAAGAUGUGUGGGAAGAAGUGGAGCAGAUGGCUUUUUUCAAGCAUGGCGCUAGGCCGCAUUGGGGGAAGAAUAGAAAAGUUGCUUUCUUUGGUGUGCAGGAGAAGUAUCCCGAUCAAAUGAGAAAGUUUAAUGCGGUGAAGCAGAUGUUGGAUCCUACAGGCAUGUUUAGUAGUGAGUGGUCGGAUGAAGUACUUUUGGGGAUGAGAGCUGGAAAGACUGAUGGUUGUGCUUUAGAAGGGUUGUGUAUAUGUUCGAAAGAUAUGCACUGCAGUCCGAGCAAUGGGUAUUUUUGCAAAUCUGGGCUUGUUUAUGGAGAGGCUAAGGUGUGCAGGUUUCUGAAUUCAUCUAUGCCAUGAUCGUUCUCAUUGUUUCAAAAUUGAUGAGAUGAGU